CAAGCUAAGCAAGACCAUGGCCAUGGCCCGCCCCGUCGUCGCGCACCUCUUCUUCCUCCUCCUCCUCGUGUCGACGGCGCCGGCGGUGCGGACGACCCCGGACGCCGGCACCCUCUUCGAGGCGUGCAACAAGACGCUGUUCCCCAAGGUGUGCCUGCAGGCGCUCAAGGACAACCCCGAGUGCCAGGCGGCGACGCCGCGGCGGCUGGCGGAGCUGUCCGUGUACGUGACCGCGGAGGUGGGCAUGACGGUGACGGCGUUCGCGCACCGCGAGCUCAACGGCAUCAAGGACGCCGUGCUGUACCGGUGCCUGGACACCUGCUCCGAGGACAUCGAGGAGGCGGUGGCGCACCUCUCGUCGCUCACCCGCGACCUCACCGACGCCAAGUUCCUCGAGGUCAAGACCUGGCUCGCCGCCACGCUCGGCGGCACCUCCACCUGCGAGGACGCCUGCAAGGACGCGCCCGUCAGCGACGUCAAGAACGCCUGCAUCACCAAGAGCUUCGAGUUCGAGAAGCUGCUGCGCGUCACGCUCGACCUCAUCACCGAGGCCUCGGGCUCCAUGUCCGCCGAGGUCGCGCUGCCGCCGGCGGGCUCGGGCGCCAGCGCCGUGGCCGGCGCGCCGUCGUCGUACGGCGCCGCGGCGCCGUUCGGGGGCUACGGCGGCGGGCCGAGUGCGGGUGCUCCGGCGCCGUCGUCGGGGCCCGCCGGUGCCUCCGACGCCGACGCGACGGCAUGAGCGCCUUGAUCAGAUCCGGAUCCUCCCAGAUUUGUCGAUUGGUGAUCAUGCGUGCCUGUCUGUUAAGAAUUUAGGAUCGUUUGGAAGGUAGAACCGCCGCAUAACUAGUGCAGAGGCCUGCAGCGAGUAGGCCUGAUCGAGCUGAGUGUUUUUUUUUCCUCUUCUUUUCUUUUCUUCUCUUUUUGAUAUAUAGGAUGAGCUGCUGCUGGGUGAUCUAUCGUGAGAUUAUUGGUGUUAACUUCGACAUAUGUUACAACGGUUAGCCAUCGUUAUAUUUGUUCAGAAUCUAUAUAAUGCACGAUUUGAUCA